CACUUGAACGCAGCAUGUAAGGGGAAGUGAAAGCAACACUGCUGCAGCUCAUAUUCAUCCAUGCUGUAGCUCAAGAAAAACCGAUAAGUUACUACAGCUAACCGGCAAGUUUUAUUACCACACCCAGUGUAUAAACCCCGGCACCGGCAGAGGAAAACCCCGCUAAGACGAAUACAAAGUUUAAAGAGUAAUGUCAGUAUUAAUAACGCGUUCAGAUAGUUUCGGGUACAGGUAGUCGCUUUUUCUGUCAUUUGUGUCGUGAAGAGGAGAACUGUGUCGCUUUUUCUCCGAGGAACCGAGAGCAGGUAACAUUUAAAAAGCAGAGAUGCCUCAGAAACAGAGGUCCAAGUCCUGGACGGAGCUGAAACAAGCUGGAAAUGAAAGUUUCAAGACGGGCCAGUAUGGAGAGGCCAUCAAUAUCUACAGCCUGGCCAUCAAAGAGCUGGAGAAGUGCAAUAAAAAGGAGCCAGAGGAUUUGGGCAUUUUGUACUCAAACCGUGCAGCCAGCUAUCUAAAAGAUGGCAACUGUGCUGAGUGUGUGAAAGACUGCAAUAUGUCUCUGGAGCUGUUCCAAUUCAAUGUGAAGUCCCUGCUCCGUCGUGCUGCUGCCUACGAAGCUUUGGAGCGCUACAGGCUGGCCUACGUCGACUACAAGACGGCUCUGCAGAUCGACUGCAACAUCGUAGCGGCUCAUGACGGCACCAACAGGAUGACGAAGGCGCUCACAGAGGCAGACGGUCUGUCAUGGAGGGAAAAGCUUCCUCCCAUCCCCGCCGUUCCCAUGUCUGUCAGAGAAAAACUUGCUCAGAAAGCCCAAGCCAACGCAGCGCCACCAAACGCUACACCCACACAGAACGGCACCCAACAAACCAGCAAACCUGCUCUCAGUGAUAAAGACGUGAAGAAAGCUCAGCUCCUGAAAGAAGAAGGCAACUCUCUGGUGAAGAAAGGCGAACACAAGAAGGCCAUCGAGAAGUACAGCCAGAGCCUCAAACUCAACCCCACCGAGCCCACCACCUUCACCAACCGGGCGCUGUGUUACGUGUCGGUGAAGCAGUACAGAGACGCCAUCAGAGACUGUGACGAGGCUCUGAUGAUGGACAGCAGGAACAUCAAGGCGCUCUACAGGAAGUCUCAGGCCUACCUGGGGCUCAAGGACAUCCGAGCCUGCGAGGACAGCAUCAACGUGCUGCUCCGAGUGGAGCCCAACAACUGUGCUGCCAUGAAGCUGCUGGAGGAGGCGCACAGGAAGUGAGGAGCGUCAAGGGGGGGGGGGGGGGGGGGGUGUGGUAGUAAGAGUCGCUCACUGCACUGCGUCCACAACCAAGAGGAAGCAAAGUCACUAGUUUCAGAAUAAGAGCCCGGAAAACAGCCGUGCAGCGACACCAUUCAGUCGCUUUAAGUCAAAGACUCGACCUGCGUUUCCCACAAAGCCUCACUCACAUCGAGCACACGUUUGAUCUGUUUACUGUCUUUGGAACAAACGCGGUUUCAGUGUCACUGAGUAUUUAUGGUUAUUUAAACGAGCUGGAAUGAUUGCAUUAUAAUUCUAAAUCAGAAUAAACCUUUACCGACAUGAUUUGUUAAAGUGGAGCUCCUGCUUAAUGCAGACACUUAAAUGUGAAAAGUCCACUUGUAUGACGUCUUACAUUUAGGUCACAUGAUCCCAGUUCCUUUUGCUGAUGUCUGAGGCAUCAAGUGCAGCUGGUUAGGUUCCAGGUAGGAGGGGGUGAGAAUAAAUACCAUCUUAUUGUGGUAUUUAUUACUUUAUAUAUUGUGAUGCAGUAAAGGUUAGGACAUCCAAUGUACAAAGGUGUGAAACAAUCACAGAGCCAAAAGUACUGAGACGAAGUAAAAAGCACAUUGGAAACAGUUGGACCCAUUGUCUCUCAGUAUAAACACCGGGGCUUUUUUCAUGAAAUAAACUCCAUAUUGAAGCCCACUUUAGAAAAUGUGAUCAGUAAAGGUUUACUCUGUUUAAACUCAAAGUUACGAACAUCUUUUUUCCACGGUGUUCUUCACAACGCAGGAUGAGUAAAGUACCUGAGGCUUGUGAGUGUGUGUUUCUCAGUGGAAUGAUUGCAGAGAUUCUUCAUGUUAGGGUUUAAAAUACUUUGCCUUGGCAUUAUAGCAUGUUUUAUUACCUAACACCACACUUCAGCGUCCAUGUUUGCUCUUUCUCAUGUACUUCUGGAUUAUUCUGGCAAAUUGACUUGAACUCUACUUAAUCAAACUGUUAAUAACGAUAACCUCGAUUUCACUUAAAGGCAACAUAACAUGUUUUUACAUGAGUUUUGAAGCUUUGCCAUUAAGUUUCAUACUUGUCAGCCCACACCUUAUCUCCUGUUUCAUUUCAGACUUCUGAGUCGUCUGAGUCACUCCACUGAGUAAUAUUUGUUUGUUUUUUUGUUCAGAGCCUCAGUUUGUUCCUCAUGAAAGACAACAAUGUGAACCAAGUAAAACGGUCCUGAGGGGUCAUUUUAUAAAAGUACUAUCCAUAUCGUUCCUCCGAUUGUUUUAUUGUGAAAAAUAAAGGUAGUGAAAUGUCUCAUGGGUGAUCCUGCUGUAGCUCGGCAAACUCCAUCUUGCCUGAAGUGCCUGUCUCAUCCUCCGCCUGCUCUGCGCCUCUCUGCUGACGCGUUAGUAAGAAAGAACUCCUCCAGUUAGCGUAGAGAAGGUUUGUGAAACACAUCUAACUUACUUCUGUCUGCCGAGUGACCGCAGCCCCACUCUGUGAUCGGAGUUCCUUUUGUUUUAUCACGUUUUGGUAAAUUGCAAUUUCUGUCAGCCUGCUUCUGUUUUAACGUCAAAUAAAAGUAAGGAAUAAACACAC